GUCUAACGACCCUGUGACUCUGCAUAGCAUUAUGGUCUUGCUGGCUAGGUUUGGUACGCCUUGGCCAUGACGCCCUCGAAGCUGCUUGAGGCUGCUUACUGUGGCCAUAGGCGGGUGGGAUUAAUCCCUGUCAAGGAUGCUGAGGGACUAGUGUGACAUAGUAAGAAGGAGAAGAGGCAAGGAAAUGCCUCAGGUGAUGGUGGCUGCACUCAGCCCGAGUCAGCCGCCGAGAACCUGAAGCGCAAUACCUCAGCCUGUGGCCCUGUACAUCAAGGUAAGACGCAUGUUCCCCCAGGUCUGUCGCAUAACAUGCGUUGUCUUAUAGAUUUCAUGCACAAGCAUAAUGUGUAUGUUCUAGAUCCCCAAGGGCGUACACACCAAUGAAAACACCAAGGUGGGUGUUCUCGCAAUUGGCGUACAAUGACUGACCGACCCUCUUGCAGACUAUGGCAACCUGUUCAAGUACUUGCAUUGGCGUCGUCACCUGCGACCAGUUGUUGGAGAUCCUAUCCCUGUGCUCUCAGAUUAUCCGGCACUUUGGACUCCUGUGGGUGAUCCGUCUGUCAACAUAGAUGUGCCAGAAGCCUCCGAAAGCACUUCCGAAAGCACUUCUGCGCAACCUGCUACGGCCACGGUUCAUGAAACCAACCUGCCGAGCAUGAAGAUGAGCCUGACCAUGUAAGCACUCACUCGGGUAGUUCAUCUAUGACCGGCACAGUGAUCAGUUGCAUCGGCUCACCAGAGGCCUUAGACAGCUUAGACAGCUCAAGGGUAUCAGACGAACCUUUGAAUGACGUCGAGAGUGAAGAACGGCUGCCUUGGGAGCACUUACUCGAUGAGCCCCUUAAGGAGGUUAUUUCCCUUAAGAACAAAGAUGAUGUAGAUUUAUAUAUGUAUUGACCUCCUCUACAUCCCU